AACUAUGUGAAGACAUCUUGUAACACUAGCAUAGUAUUAGCCAUGAAUAUGCCCAGUAGUGGUUAUUAAAUAAUACUAAAUUCGACCAAGAUAUCCGCAAAGUAUAAAAUGCAAAGUCAAAUGCAGCGUGCUUGGAGCGAACGUUCCCAAAUAUAGCUACUGGUUUAAUUUAAAAGCAUACUUAAUCCUGCACAUCAUUUUCUUCUCACCAUCACUGCCGAAAUCUUUCGUUGAAUUGUCAAAGGUUAGAAUGUAAAAUUCGAAGUAGUUUACUGAACGUGAUAUAUCGACGAAUUCAGGAGUACUGCACGUCGCAACGGUUCACGUGAGAAUGCGCUUUUUCAGCAAUGUACGCAUGCGCAAGUAUGAAACGUGGACAGGAAUAUCCUUUAACCAUGCUGCAGGGUCGAACAUUAUUAUUACGAUAAAAGCAGCAUUUUAUGCAAUUGACUUAAAUUCUAUACUAUAGUCGUCUUUGCGACCGCGCGAGAGGAUCUCGCCCAGCAUUCGAAGCAUUCCAUAAAUUUUUAGUGUGAUUUAAACUUUUACUCAACACCAUCCCCUAUCUCUUGAAACGUUAAUUGAAUAUUAAACCUAAUGUGCGAAAAUUGUGAUACGAAAAGUGUGGUAAUAGCCCAUAAUUAUUCGUAGAGCCUUGCAGUGUCGAGUAGCUUACUCUUUUCCGUAUUCGCGUCAGUAUUCUUGCACGAAAUGGAUGUUAUCAUGAAGUAUUAUAAUAUUAACCGCCUUCUCUUAUUGAGCAUCGGAUUGUGGCCGUAUCAAAAGAGCACGUCUAAUAAGAUUUAUAUAGUAUUCAUGCUUAUCAUUUUCACGCAAACCUUCGCUUUGCAGAUGGCUUCAUUCCUCACAAUGGAUUUCAGCGUUCAUCUAUUUUUAGAAGUUCUGUCAACAAUAUUCAUAACUAUUGUUUUCCUUUUCAAAUAUAAUACGAUUUAUCUCAAUAUGCAUAAUAUAAAGCUAUUCUUAGAACGCAUUGAGUACGAUUGGAGUACGCUAAAAGACUCGACGGAGAUUGAAAUAAUGAAGAAGCAGACUAACAUUGGGCGGUUGUACACGAAAUAUUUUACGUUGACCAUGUAUAUAAUUACCUUCUUGUUUGUCAUGACGCAUUACGUGCCAUUUAUGCUGGACAUUGUAAUACCAUUAGCUGAACCUCGACCACGAAAGAUUCUGAUAGCCAUAGAAAUGUUCAUCGACAGACACAAAUACUUUCAUCUAAUAUUGUUAUAUAUAAUAUUGAUAAGCUCAUUCGGUAUGACUACUAUAAUAGCGGCCGAAACUCUGUUGAUGGCAUUAAUGCAACAUACGUGUGGAUUAUUAAAAGUUUCCAGGUAUUGUUCCUCUCUGAAAAAUACUGUCUUCGGCAUGUUCGUCAUAUGGAAGUGUUCAUCAUUUGCGAAUUUCGUGAGAUCACAAUUCUCCAUAAUCGCACUUAUGUUAUAUUUGCAGUUAUCGAAUAACAUGCGCUUUCGAUAAUGAUUACCAUUCGG